CUGUGAGGAGUGCAGGGAAGAAAGAACUGUGACUAAAGAGGAACUACAACAGGGACGUUACCCAUUUCCUAUCUUUUUAUAUUUUAUUUUUUUCCCUGUGCUUUGCCUCUGCUGAGUGGAUGUAGAGCAUUAGGUUGUGAUCAUGCGGUGUGUUUGCUCCAGUUACUGUACAGACAGGAUGAGAGUGUCUAUGUGCUGGCUCUCGGAUUGAUGGAGCUUUACGGCUGGAUGAAAGCAGAGAAAAUGCAGACAUAUGAGAUUACAAGGGAUUCUGCUGAGUUUUGCAUUGACUCUGUUUAUGCCACUUAAUCAGCCUGCCAUGCAAGGACCGAUGCUUUGCAGUGCUGGUGCUUAUAAAAUGGACGUCUCCCCAAAGUCAGGAGAAACUCUGAUUGUGUGCCACAUCCAUGGCCAGUCUGCUGGGGGGGACCUAUCUGUACAGACAUCCAGACGGCCACGCACUUUGAAUUUAACCCACAGUAUAUCCCUUCCUGAGAGAGGAGAUCUGCCGAGGGAAGCACUUGACUAUGGCUAUCUAAGCCACACAAGUUCAAAAGAAACAGAGCGCAAAAAGGUGACUGAAAAUUCUCGAGUGUAUGAAUCGUCCCCAAUGCUUUGUGCUUUGAACUCUCCAUCGACCAGUCCUCGACUAAAACAAGAGCCAUUGCAUCGCAGAGGUACUCCCAGGUGGCAUAACCUCUUCAUCCCUGAAUCAGAAGUGAAUGAGGAUGAAGAGGAUGAGGACUCCGAUGGAGACAACUUGCACAAGUACAAUGAGGGGUCAUCCCUUCAACUACAGGGAAAUGUGACUCAAAGUAAUAUGAAUCCUUUUAGCCAAGUCAAAGAACAGGAAAGGGCAUUUGAUACAGGUUGUGCCGAUCGCAGGGAUAGCAGAGGAACCCCUGUAUUAAUGGACUGUGAUGAACAGGAUUGGGGUGAUGAGGAAGACUUCAGCAAGCAUACUCUCGUGGAACCUGAUAACAGCUGGGCUCCAACUGAAAAAGUUAUCGAAUCCAUUACUCAAAACCAAUCAGACUAUGUCACUGAUUCUUCCUGUAACAGCUCAGAUGGAGUGCUGGUUAACUUCAGUGCCAUCUACCACAAAACCAACAAUGCAGUUCCUGCAUCUCCACUAAGUCUAGAUAGUCCCGUUCCUGGAUCUGGUAUGGUAUUACAGGACAGUUCAAACCCUUUACCCAGCUGGUCAUCUCACAACCCUGAUCCAAACUGCAACAUCUACCCAUUCAAUGAAAUUUCUGACCUCACCAUGUGUCUGCAGAGUCAGGCACGGUUAGCAGGUUCCACCCAGAAUUACUAUAAACUGGUGACAUGUGACCUAUCAUCCCAGUCUUCACCUAGCCCUCCUUGGUCCUCUUUGACCAGUUUCUCUGAGACUCAAAGCCAGGGAAGCUGUUCUCCACCUUCUGAAUACUUCCUAUUUGGACAUUCAGAGGAAGAGGAAAGGGAGAAGCCAAAGGUUUGCCAAACUGAACACAAGGGUGAUGGGAACAUUGAAGUGAAUAAUAUAAGACGAGCUGAUAAGGACCAAUCCAAGGGAACAAAAGAGAGAAUGGCACACAUAAAAACCCAUCAUUCUGCUCCAAGAGAACAUAAAAGUUUUAAUUAUAUUAAGACUCCUCAGUCUCAGAGCUGGAUUAGCAGCCAAAAAUGUUCUACCUUAUCAAAUCUGGGAGCCCUACAAAACAGCUGUCCGAGCCAUUUGGACACAAAUUUAUCUUCACCUCUGUCUAGGCAACAUGCCACCUCUUUUGUAGAAAUUGCCCGAUGUAAGAAGGGAAAUGGAGAGCAAUCCAUCAAAAAGUACAUUGAGGAUCCAUCAGGCUCACAAUUCAUCCAAAACCUCUCUUCUAUCCAGAAACAGGAUGAUUCAGAGAUGGCAACAAAGUCCCUGAGUGCUGACAGCAGUAGUCAAUCCAAUCCACGAGGUGCUUCAUCUCCAGAAGUUGUGCGAUACACAAAAGCACAACGGCCCACCUUUCUCCCUAUUCAGCCCUUUGUGCUUCAGGCACCCUCAGGAAAACAACAGACCAAAGCACUUGGUUCCCUUCUUAAUCAGUACAUCAGCUACAAGUACAGCAAGCCUGGGCCAUCCAAAGCUACUUGCAAAAGCAAGUCAUAUCCACAUCAUAAGCAACCUUCACCUCUCAGGAGUUCCUCUAACAUUGACCCGGAGGCAGCGACCAGUUCAGACACUUGUUCCACCUGCACAUCAAGUCCGUUCUUGCCCCAUAACCACUCCCAGUGUACCCAUCCCUGCACAUUUUUGGGGCUCAUUCACCAGGACAGAAAUCCUCAUAUGAGUCCAAAUAUGAGACCAAGAAGCCCACAAAGCCAAGAGCAAGCAGAUGGGAGUCCAAAGGCCUGUUCAAGUCAAACACAGUUAAGCCAAAAACAUUCUUGGUAUGGAAAACAAGCAUCUCAGAAAUGUCCACUCAAGCAAGCUCCCAUUGUUCAGACUCCGACUCCACAAUUAAUCAAAGAGGAGACUACAUGUCCUUUGGAAGCAUCCUUUCCUUUACAUCAAAAUUCCUCCCCUGCCAUUACCUCAGUCACCUCCUUGACCUCUAUCACCUCCAUUGUCUCUCCACCAUCCACUGGACGGAAAUUCCUUUGGCCUUUUGAAGCUUCAUCACAGGUCUGCACCAAUGAAAAUCCUAACACCAAUGUUCAACACUUCUUUAAGCCAAGGAGAUCACCUUGUGUUAUGAGGGAACGUCAACAUGGUGACUCAUUGUCCAUGACUGACAGACCCCCUGAAGUGUUCUGCCUCUCCCCAGAAGCCCCUUCAGAUCUUCUUUUAAUUGAUCUUUUGCACAAGAGAAGUAUGUUGAAAGCUGUGGGUUUGGCAGUGGAUCUCAUAAUGGCACAUUUCAAUUCAAGAAAAGACCCAGAAGAAAAGAUCAGACUGGGAAAUAGUUUACUGUGCACCACUAUCAGCCACCUUGUCCUUAAACAGCUCUACCCUGCAAUCCAGAACAUCCUUCAAGAUGGUUUCAAAGCCUAUAAAUUGGACUUGAUUAUUGGACAACGGCGCAACAAACUAUGGAACAUCGUAGAGGCCACGGCACGACCAGGCUCAUCUACCCAACUGUCUGACAGCUUGGUAUCCGCGGUAAAAAAAUGUUCCCAGUUAUCAAGUCGCAUUCGGCUCAGUGUCUUCAUCAUAGAUCUUCUAAACUUGCAUGCUUUGGAAUCCUGGAUCCGUCAUUUAUACAAUUGCAUUGAUGUUGUGUCAGAACACUAUCACCAUUGGGGGUUCUUGGCUCUGGCCCAGGGGCCAACUUAUGGACCUCUGUUCCAUGAGCUUCUUCUUUUGCUGCAGCCACUCUCCCUGCUGCCAUUUGACCUCCAUCUUCCAUCCAAACCUAAUCUUCAAAGUAAGGAAAAACAAAACCACAGAGCACCCCUGCCUCUUCGGCUUGUUGCCCAGUCAGCUCAGAUCCUGCAGAUGAGCUUGAUCCAGGACAACAGCAGGAGUCCAACAGGUCACAGUGAUGCCUUCAGGAAAAGGGUGACUGAUGGAUUUUGGCUUAAUCAGACACCCACCUCAGAGUGUGAAACACAGAAGAAAGAGGAUGCAGCAACUGGAAGGAAAAACAAUGAGAUGCCACAAUCUUCAACAAGUCCUCUGGAGGACAAACACUUGAGUGAGCUGCGUUGGGCCAGGCUCUUCGGCGCUAAAGUUGGAACACCAGUUGGCCCACAGAAGGCACAAAAAAACAUGAGUGGACCUCUAAGAAGGCGGCCCUCAGAAUGGCUGAAGCUUGGUGCAUCCAAAGUGGAUCUGCCCGCACAGUCAGUAUGGAUAGGAAAAUUGCCAGAGACUCAUCUGAGUGGUAACCAUGACAGAGAUACCCCAAACGAAGAUGAAAUAUCAUUCUAAAGAGCCCACAAGGAGUCUGAUUUUAGCUAGAUGGAGUAAAAGCACAAUUAAUCUAAAAUAAGUGCACCGUAUCUGUUCCCGGAUAGAAUAUUGCCUUAGUGAUUUACCAAUCAGGACAAUUUGUAUUAUACCUUGGUCUUUAAAAGGUAAAAAAAAAAAUAUUCACUAACUUUAAGCCAUGAUGAGAUAAAGUUAUUAGAUUGAAUUUAUAACACAAUCAUAGUAUAGUGUAGAGUAUAUAACAUGGAUUGAUAUCGUCUGCCAGCAAUCGAGCACAAAACUGGAACUGAGGUCCCCAGAAGUCUUUUCCAACCAAACCCUGCACUUUAUCUCUGUCUCAGGUCACUAUGUCAAGUAAAUCUAGUCAUAUAAUUUCUGCUGUUGUUGAACUAUGUGGCAUAAAAAAAAAGAAGACUUUUCCUCAAGGUCUGUUUGAAAUAGUUUCUAUAACCAUUUCCAUGCAUGACACAGUAGCAUUAAUAACUAUGCAUGACAAAAAAUAGUUUUCCUUUUUA